AUGUGCUCUAGGGAAUGUUGCUCUGUCGUGAAGAGCAAGACGGUGUGCUACACCCAGCCGUGCCAGAAGACUAUCUGCUGCGACUCCUGCCCGAAGACCGUCUGCCGCAGCUCGUGCCAGAAGACCGUCUGCUGCGACCCGUGCCAGCAGUCCACCUGCUGCGACCCAUGCCAGAAGCCCUGCUGUGACCCAUGCCAGCAGUCCUGCUGCGACCCAUGCCAGCAGUCCUGCUGUGACCCAUGCCAGCAGUCCUGUGACCCAUGCCAGCAGUCCUGUUGUGACCCAUGCCAGAAGCCUUGUGACCCAUGCCAGCAGUCCUGUGACCCAUGCCAGCAGUCUUGCUGUGACCCAUGUCAGCAGUCCUGUGACCCAUGUCAGCAGUCCUGCGACCCAUGCCAGCAGUCUUGCUGUGAUCCAUGCCAGCAGUCCUGUGACCCAUGCCAGCAGUCCUGUGACCCAUGCCAGCGGUCCUGCGACCCAUGCCAGCAGUCCUGUUGUGAUCCAUGCCAGCGGUCCUGUGACCCAUGCCAGCAGUCCUGUGACCCGUGCCAGCGGUCCUGCGACCCAUGUCAGCAGUCCUGUGACCCAUGCCAGCGGUCCUGUGACCCAUGCCAGCAGUCUUGCUGCAACCCAUGCCAGCGGUCCUGUGACCCAUGCCAGCAGUCCUGUGACCCAUGCCAGCGGUCCUGUGACCCAUGCCAGCAGUCUUGCUGCGACCCAUGCCAGCGGUCUGUCUGCUGUACCAAGGUGUGCCAGCAGUCCUGCUGUAGCCAGCGCUGCCUGAGACCCUGCUCUUGCCCCCGAUGUCAGUCUUGCUGCUCCUACGUGGUGAAGAAGCCCGCUGUGGUGUGCUGCAGCCACGUGCAAUACUGCUCUCCCCUGAGGAAGUACUCCAUCCCCAUCCAGCAGUGCUGCAACGCAAUCAAGAAGCGUUGCUGA